UACGUGUGUGUGUCUCUGUCUUUGUCUGUGAGCGUGAAUGCUAUGUGUGAAUGUGUGUGAGCGUAUGUGUGCUUGUAUACGUGUGUGAGCGUUAUGUCUGGAACAUUCCAGGACCGGAUCCCUGUCCUGCUGGUGGAGAUUAUGCGGAAGUGCCCAGAGGAGCGUUCUGAGUCGGAGGUGUUGCUGGUUCACAACAUGCUGAGCUCUGUGAGCAUGUUUCGUCGCUACAGUGGAACCCUGCAACUCCUUCUGGCUAGGGUGGUUCGCUAUCAGAGGUUGGAGCGUCGCAGAGUGGUCAUUAAGAAGGGCCAUUGGGGACACAGCUUCUACUUUGUGUUCUCUGGGCUACUGGCCGUCACCAAGGACAACGACGGUAGCAGUGCCUUCGUGGAUAAGGAGCCCAUCCUCAUCAAGAAGGGCAUGAGCUUCGGGGAUGUGGCCUUGAUCAAAACGCUGAGGAGGAAUGCCACUGUUGUGUGCAUGGAGGAGACGGAGCUCAUGGUGGUCGACAAGGAAGACUUCUUCGCUAACAAGAUGGAUGUAGAGCUCAAGAGGGAGUUUGACUAUCGCUUCAGGUUCUUCCGGUCACUCCAGCUAGUGUCCUCCUGGUCAUACUCUCUCAUUGAACAGAUGGCUGACCAUUCCAAGGCCGAGCAAUUUCGCUACGGCCACGUGGUCGUCAAGGACACCAACGACAUGGGCAACAUCAUUUUCAUUGGCAAGGGCCAAUGUGACGUGUUGAGAGUGGUGGAUCUUACCUCCUGCAGUGCCUACCAACGCCUCCUAAAACAGUAUGCAGACUCAGUAAGCAGAGGUACAUGUUUGCCAACACAUGGAUUCAAAGGCGAGCUGACAAACCAACCAGGAAGUGUCAUAAAACACAAAGUCCUCCUCAAUAAUCCUCCACGUCCUCCCAGAGGACUUCCUGCAGACCUGCCCACCAGUGCCUGUUUCCUGAUCGACACCCUUCAUCAGAGCAGCACAUUUGGUCUGAACCAGUACCUGAUGCCGUCGAAGCAGAGAGACUGUCGCAGGUUCACUCUGGUCAGCCAGAGCGUGGAGAUCCUGCGGGUGGAGAAGACUCGCUUUGACAAGCUGGUGGACAACACCACCAUGAAGAAGCUGGAGGCCCUGCAGAAAACCUACCCUAGCGACGAUGAGCUGUGCACUGUGUUCCUGGAACACAGCCGCUGGAAGGACUACAAACACAGUGUGGUACAGGACCUGUUCCCCCACCGGGUUGCCCCAAUCAGAAGCCCCAAAACCCAGAAGCAGCAGGGCCCCAGCCAGGCCCUCCAGCAGACCAGACACGUGGUCAACAGGCUGAAACAGACAAAGCAGAGGGUAGAGCCAAAAAUAAUGAAAUAAAGGACUAAAUGUGUAGAUGAAUGAAUACAUAGACAUGGUUUUAUCAAUAUGCUUCAAGUUUGAGCGUUUGCUGCAUUCUUCAUUAUUUUCAUGCAUUUCGUUAAUAACAUCAGGCAGAAAUCAAAUUAUCUGCACACCAUAAUACCAUUUCUC